AUGUCAAAAGCCCUCACAUUUUUCAAUUGGAAUAAGAAAAACAUGAAAAAAGUGUUCUACGGCAUAUUUGAGAUUGAAGGUGUAAUUUUCCCCACGAAAAGAUUGAUGAUUAAGCUAUUAAUUUCUGGUGGAUUUUGGCGAUCGGAGAUGGCUUCGGCAUCGCCGGCGAUGAACAAGAUAGAGAGGGCGCACCAGAUGUACCGGGACGGCAAAUACCGCGAUGCACUGAAUUAUUACACCGACGCGCUUUACAUGGCAAAAACGACGCCGCAGAAGAUUGCUCUCCACAGCAAUCGCGCCGCCUGUUAUCUCAAGCUCCACGAUUUCAACAAGGCUGCUGAAGAAUGUACAUCUGUUCUGGAGCUUGAUUACAAGCACACGGGUGCACUAAUGUUGCGCGCUCAGACUCUUGUAACCUUAAAGCAAUAUCAUUCUGCCCUUUUUGAUGUCAACCGGCUCAUUGAGUUGAAUCCAUCUUCAGAAGUGUACCGAAACCUUCAAGCACGUUUGAAAACACAAAUGUCACUUGCCCCGAUACCCGAAGACGAAGCCGAGUGUGAAGAAGAUGAUAGCUACGUAGACGAAACAGAACUCGACAACAGCAAUGAAGAAGGAGAAAAAGAAGAUGACGAUGAAAAGGCUAAAGAUCUAGCAGCCAGAGAAAAUGGCGGACAAAAUAAUGCCGUAACAGCAAACAACAUAAAAAAUAGUGAUUUUCAAAAAGUCAAAUUACCAUCUGAAGAAUCACUCUCCCGGAACCAGAUGGAGCAAGGACAGCCCAAUCGACGGGCCUCAGGCUGGCAGACUAUCCCAAAACCAAAAGGGCACUCCAACCUUGACUACUCGAGGUGGGAUCGUGUUGAAGACGAGUCGAGCGAAGAAGAAACUGACGACGAGGAUGAAGAUGACGAUUGUCGCCCUCAGUAUCGGUUUCGUGUUAAGACAGUUGGUGUGAAGGCGGUUAAGUGAGUGGGACCCAAGAUCCUGAUUCGAAUUUGAUGAGGGUAUUCUUGCUCGUUUUUGCCUCCUCAAUCUGUUGACAUGUUGGAAAUAUUAGGUCCAUAUCAUAUACAAUCACGGGUCUCUGGAUAUGCGUGCUGGGCUGCGACUUUAUCAGUCGUCAAUGCAAUGCACAUGACCCUUUUUUUGUUUGGUUUUGUUUUGUUGUUUGGGUUUUAGUAUUGUACACAGGUUCCCAAUGCAAAUGGGAUUUAUGCCAGCAUACUUCAACGUCUCUACUUUGUUUUUAGAUUUACAAGCAUGCAAUCCAUGUAGUGGUGGUGGGGGUGUAACUUGUAAGACAAAUUGUAUUGAAAGAUCAAAAAGCUCCGGUCGUUUGAGCUGAAAAGGUUUAUAAAUUUUGAAUUUGUUGGUUUUUUUUUCUAAUAGUUACAGAUGCGGG